AUGAUAAUUCAAGGCCGAUGUUUUGCCGACGGGGGAUAUGGCGAAACCAACAAUCCCUCGUGGGAGGCCCAACUUCAUUUCCAAAAGAACCAUACUCUCUCAGUGGAGCAACAGCUAGUUAUGAUCAACAUCGGAACGGGUACAUUGCCCGAAGGCUUUGAUGAGGCGGGAUUGCCGCAACGACCAUGGUGGACUCAUCUCUUGCCCAACGGCCUGGUCGAGGCUCUUGGUCUCCUCUCUGAUCUCGUGAAGAUGGCGACUGAGUGGGAACAACGGGCGAAAGACUUGUACUAUAUAUCAGACAGGUUCCCUGAUCAGCUCUUCUUUCAUCGAUUCAGCGCCGACACUGGUAUUCACGACAUCAAACUGGACGAUUGGCAAGCAGUUACAGAUGCUGACGGUCCGAAUGAGAUUGAAGUCAAGACCACAACUUACCUUCGGGGCUCUAAAGUCCGGACUCGACUGCAAGCGGCCGCGGAAAAGCUAGCCGAUGUGUAUGUUGCACGAAACAGUCCAGCCGAAAUUGUUUCACCCAGUACUGUGCAAAAUGAAACUAGGAUUGAUCUCUCUAUCCCACUUGAAGGCUCCGAUGCCGAAGCGGGACCAGUGUUCGUUGGAAGGGGUUCUGAAUUCCUCAGCAUACCGUUAGCAGGAGAAAGACUUCCAAGUCUUGGUUCCAGCUCAGAUGCCACCCAAUCACCUGGAUCAUCUCCUCCCGCCACACCAGAUCCAAGUCGGAGGACGAUGUUACCACCAUUAAUCACUGACCUUGUAUCAAUGUGUGUUUUGAGUCCUCAGAGUGGUCCAGUCUUGUUUGUGGGUACUUGA